GUUGAUUUUGCCGCACGUGUUAAGCAUAAACAAUUUGAAAUUGGAAUAAGGAAAACGCAGAGUAACUUAUAAAGAGAACUCAGUUUCUAUUGAAUAUGCUGCCUAACAUUGAAGUUAUUGUGGGCACCUACACGGACUUCCUACUCGGCUACCAACUCAUACAGAAGAAGGUGCAUGGAGAGGACAAGAUUCAGUUGAAAGCAACGUUUGCAGACAAAUCACAUGCCGGCUCUCUGAAGUGUGUGGCGGUACAGGGACCAUGGAUAGCGAGUGGUGGCAGCGAUGAUCGUAUUUUUAUAUAUGAUAUGCGUACGCGAAAGCAGUCGCACAUUCUGCAUUCACACUCUGGCACCAUAAAUGCUGUGGUAUUCUCCCCUGAUUUGACACAUCUGCUGUCGGCCAGCGCUGAUGGUCACUUGAUGGCCACCCGCGUGGGCAGCUGGACAACGGAGGGUGACUGGCGUAAGGCGCAUGCUGGCAACCCGGUGACACACAUUGCCUGUCAUCCAAGCAGUCGUUUAGCACUGUCACUUGGCGGUGAUCAAAUUCUAAACACCUGGAACUUAGUUAAGGGUCGUGUCGCGUAUAGAACCAAUCUGAAAAGCAAGCGAACGUUGGGCAGCUCACCGGACUGUCUGUCCUGGUCCGCAGACGGCAAGCACUUUACCCUAAGUGGUCCACUUGUUCUAGAGAUUUGGAACAUCGAGUCAGCCAGCGUAGUGCGUAGCACCAAAACUCCCUCCAAGCCAAUAUGCGUGACCUGGUUAAAUGAACUUACCUGCCUGGUGGGCUUAGAGAAUGGCAACAUUGCUUGGAUCUCGCUGGAUGCCGACGAUGACGAAACGCCCACUCUUAUCGAAGCGCAUGAAACGCGAGUCAAGGCCAUGUCUUAUCUGAACGAACACCUGGUGACCAUCUCCAGCGCAGGCGAAAUCAAGAUCUGGAGUCCCGAUAUCGAUGAAAAGAGCCUGACCCAAAUUGCUAGUGUUAACAUUGAUUGCCGUCCCACCUGCCUGGCUUUACUAGACCUGAAUCAGUUUGGGAAUGUGCCGAAAGCAGAUCAUAGUGGUGAUCCUGGUAAGCAGCAACAGCCAGACUCUAGGAACCAGCCAGAGGAAGAACAGGAAGAGGAGAACAGGGAUAUGGAUUUAAUCAAACCACGUAGCUUUGUGUCCAUUGAAUACGAGCAGGAUGCAGCGAAAAAGGCUGGAAAAAGUGGCAAACAGAAUCAGAAAGAGGACAAAGACAGCGAUGCAUCCGACAGCAGCGAUCAGAGCGAUGAAAGCGAGAAUCAAACGACAAAUAAAAAUGCUAAAAAGAAGCAAAUGAAAGUAAAACAAAAGCCCACAGCCAAAAGUAGCAAACAGGACGAUCACAGCGAAAGUGAGAGCGAGAACGACAGCGACAGCGAUGACUUUGACAGCAGCAGCAGCAGCGAGAACGAACGACGUCCCAGAGGAAGAAAGGUGGCCAACAAACGCAAGUUGAACACAAGCCACAAACAAGGCGCAAAGCAGACAAAAAAGAAGUAAACACAAUCCACAAAUAAUGUCAAUAAUAAGUCAAUACACUUAUAUUACUAUUUAACUACAUUGAAUAUCCUGUUAAUAAAUGUACUUUUCAACAAAUCA